CUCGAUUUCUGCCCUUCCAUAAUCCACCACCACCACCACCACCACCGCACCACCACCGUCUGCAUUUCAGACUAGAACUGAGAAAACGAAGAACCAGGUGAAAGUAUAUCGAUUGAUUUCGAAACGACUGCGUAUCAACAUGGCUUUGAACUCCAUACUCUCGAGGCCUUCAUCAUUUUCAUCGAGGAACUUGUUGAAGAAUUACAGCGCCAGUGAUUCUGCUUUUUCUCUUCCAAUUCAAUCAAUCUCUUUCCUCAACCCAAUUCCACUUUUCUCCAACGUUUCCUUCAACAAUGCGUCGCCAGCUUUCUCUUCCGUUCCGGUUAGAGCCGCCUCCGCGUCCGGUUCUCCUUCCGCCACCGUUGCCCAAUCCCCGGAACUCAAGAUUAAGAUUGUACCUACACAGCCAAUUGAGGGUCAGAAGACUGGUACGAGCGGCCUCCGCAAAAAGGUGAAAGUGUUCAUGCAAGAUAAUUACCUCGCCAACUGGAUCCAGGCGUUAUUUGAUUCGUUGCCACCAGAGGAUUACAAAGGUGGAGUUUUAGUUUUGGGGGGUGAUGGUAGGUAUUUCAACAAGGAAGCUGCACAGAUAAUUAUUAAAAUUGCAGCUGGUAAUGGCGUUGGUAAAAUCUUGGUUGGCAAGGAUGGAAUAAUGUCUACACCAGCUGUUUCUGCUGUAAUAAGGAAGAGAAAGGCUAAUGGUGGUUUUGUGAUGAGUGCAAGUCACAAUCCUGGUGGUCCUGAUUAUGAUUGGGGUAUCAAGUUCAAUUAUAGCAGUGGCCAACCUGCACCCGAGUCUAUAACUGACAAGAUUUAUGGCAACACUCUUUCUAUCUCUGAAAUAAAAAUGGUGGACUUUCCUGAUGUUGAUCUAUCUCUUCUUGGUCUGAUAGACUAUGGAAAUUUUAGUGUAGAGGUAGUUGAUCCAGUAGCUGAUUAUUUGGAACUUAUGGAGAACGUAUUUGAUUUUUCACUUAUUAAGAGCCUUCUAUCACGGCCAGAUUUCAGGUUUGUAUUUGAUGCCAUGCAUGCUGUUACUGGUGCUUAUGCUAAACCAAUCUUUGUGGACAAGCUUGGAGCCAGCCCUGAUUCCAUUUUAAAUGGGGUGCCCCUAGAAGAUUUUGGACAUGGUCAUCCAGAUCCCAAUCUCACAUAUGCCGAGGAUUUAGUCAAGAUAAUGUACGGAGACAAUGGACCUGCUUUCGGAGCUGCAAGUGAUGGAGACGGUGAUAGAAACAUGGUUCUUGGGAAAGGAUUUUUUGUUACUCCUUCAGAUUCUGUGGCAAUCAUUGCUGCCAAUGCAGAAGAGGCUAUUCCAUACUUCAAGAGUGGCCCAAAGGGUUUGGCUCGAUCCAUGCCGACAAGUGGUGCUCUGGAUCGCGUGGCUAAGAAGUUAAAUCUUCCUUUCUUUGAGGUGCCCACUGGUUGGAAAUUCUUUGGGAAUCUAAUGGAUGCUGGAAACCUGUCAAUUUGCGGGGAAGAAAGUUUUGGAACAGGCUCUGACCACAUCCGUGAGAAAGAUGGGAUAUGGGCCGUUUUAGCGUGGAUGUCAAUAAUUGCAUUUAGAAACAAGGACAAGAAAGCCGGAGAGAAGUUAGUUUCUGUGGCCGAUGUUGUGACUGAGCAUUGGGCCACUUAUGGGAGAAAUUUCUUUUCUAGAUACGACUAUGAGGAAUGUGAAUCAGAAGGAGCUAAUAAAAUGGUAGAGCAUCUUAGAGAUAUAAUUUCUAAAAGCAAGGAAGGCGAUGUAUAUGGAAACUACACCCUUCAGUUUGCUGAUGACUUCAACUACACAGAUCCUGUAGAUGGAAGUGUGGUUUCCAAGCAAGGCAUUCGUUUUGUAUUCACUGAUGGAUCGAGGAUCAUAUUUCGGUUAUCGGGUACUGGAUCUGCCGGUGCAACGGUUCGAAUUUAUAUCGAACAAUUUGAACCGGAGGCAUCUAAACACGAUGUGGAUGCACAAAUAGCAUUAAAGCCUUUAAUAGAUCUGGCCCUAUCAACUUCAAAGCUGAAGGAAUUCACUGGACGGGAGAAACCAACAGUCAUCACAUAGAUCAGAUUUUUCAAUUGCCAAAUUUUGUGAAUGGAAAUUUUCCGACAGUAAUAAACUAUGGUAUGUUGGAGUUCCUAUCUAUUUCCUCUAAAUGUUUGGUAAUAAAUUUGUUACUUUUAGUUUUAUUUAUUAUAGGAAACGUUUGUCCGUUCUGCCGAUUUGGUAUGCAUAAUUUAUUCAUAGAAGAGAGGGUACUCAGCUAUGAACAUUAAUAAGGAAUUAUUAUAGAAAUUAUAUUGUGGAGUCUCGUGAUCA